UUUAUCGAAUAAGAACACAAAUUUUUCAGGGCAAAAGCAAAAAAAAAAUUCUUUUAAAUUUUAAGUUCACUUUUUACUAGUUUUCCAAAUUGUAUUUUCAUAGUCUUCUGUUUUUCAUAUUUGCACCUAUUUGGAAAUAUAAUUGAACUAGUUUUCAGCCAUGGCAAAUAGUGCUAAAAGAUUUCCAAAGUUGCGGUUCGCGCUUAUCACCGAGGAUGCCUUGGAGAUGCUGCACCCGGAUACAAAGUCGCAAGAUUCGAGCCUAAUGGAGGUCAAGGACAUGUACGAGACGAUCAACAAUACGGUGAAUGUGCUGCUGGAGCAGAAGCUGCGGAAUCUCAAGCUGGACAAACUGGACCAGCUGAUCGAGGACAAGGUAUGCGAGAUACUCGAUCGCCACAGGGAGAUACGCAAGAGCAUGCGAGGCCUUGGAACGUCGAAGUCAUCCGAUGAAUCGAUUCAUACGGUGUCCGAAUUCGGCAGCAAGCCCGUCAGACCGAUUAAGUUUGAUGCUCGAUCAAUAAAUUCUAUCGCCUCCAGAGGAAUGCGCGCCAAAAAGGCCAGGAAGGAGCCAUUCACCAGCGAUUUUCCCUAUAAAACGGAGUCGACCAACGAACGCAAGACGACACCAACGAAUAUUAUUAAUACCAAUAUUAAUAACAAUAAUAACAAUAUUAAUAAAAGUAAUAACAGAACUGGAAUCAAAAAUGGAAGUCCACGAUCUGUCGCGAUAACCGACUCAAAGAAACCGCACUCCGCUCGGGACAUUGCGGUUAAGUAUUUUAAGGAAUUGGAUGAUCGAUGCAAACGCAAGCAAUGAAACAUGCUCUAAGAUAUAUAAAUAUUUAUAUAUAUAUACAUAUAUAUGUAUAUAUAUAAUCAUUUGCCCAGACGAUUCUAUUUAAUUUUUAACGGACGUCAAUCGCGGCUUUUGAUUGGAAAUUGGAAAGUUAACAAUGUAAAUUUAGCAAGAACCUGUCUAGGUCUAAGAAGGAAAACACUUUCCGUGCUCUAGCUGUACGUUCGAUUGUGGAGUUCUCAGCAUGCCCGGUAACAAUUUCGAGCUCAAGUAAGAACUUCCUGUACAAAUUUUUAAUAAAUAUCGAGCGCAGCUGCUCCAAUUAGACUUUGAAGCCAUUUUAUAGGAGGCAUCUUCGAAGGUAUACACAAAUAUUCUUGGUCAGCAUCGAAGACUUUGAGAGCUGUUGACAUUAUAUUCGGCCAGAAAAAGUAUUAGCCAUUCAGAAUAUAUCAUUUCACUUCACUUUAAAGGGCUCGGACUAUAAACACCGAAACUAAUCAAGAACACAUUUCCUGUAGUGUGGGACUGGGAGAGAAAGCAGCACAGUUCGUAGCUUACGGCUGAGAGCUGAGCGAAGGGUAUCUGCCAACCGGACACAUCCGACUAGCUUCUUGGGUGUAUAGCUAAUUACUCGCGGAUGUGGCGGCAUUCCGCGCUGGGUAAAGGGUAUCUGCCAGCCGAGCACGCCCGAC